GGGGGGGGGGGUCGGUCCUGACUGGCACCGCGCGGGACUCCGCCCCUCCUCCUUCGAACCUUGAGGAAUGCAAGCUUCGAAUCCGCCCAGCUUGCAUCUUGGUUUCCUCUGAUAAAAAGGACCGGCGGGUAAAAAAAAUGAACAGGGGGAGCCCGCCUUCCUUUCGCCUCCCUUCCUUGCACCCAAGGUUUUUGCAUGGCUUUUCGUGCAUCAGCUCCAUGCUAGAGGCCUCCACCGAACUGCACACAUAGAAACUGGCUGCCUUGGAAUGCUGCUUUUCCUUUUGUGCAUCACCCAGCGAACUCGGUACAAAUAAGGGCUCUGCAGUCUUCAGGCUCCGAUUUUCCACCCCUAACAAAGGCUACCAGUCUAACCGCCCGUUCCCAGAAGUCAGGAGUUUUGACGUGGAAGACCAGAAAAGGCCGGGGAAAUUGGUGCAGGCGUCGCUUGCCACGUCUUGGCCUUUCGGCUCCCCUCCCUCCCUCCCUCCUUUGCAAAAGGCAGAUGGAGAGAGAGAGAAGGUGAUGCAAAGGCAGAGAGGGAGAGACAGCUUGGAGCCUGGCACCACUGCAGCAGCAGCAGCACUGAUCACAAUAGAACAUCUGCAAAGCCAUUGUCCCAACCUCAGGUCUGAUCGGCCCAUUCUGGUCGGCCUCGGCUGUAAAGCCUGGCGACUGAUCCUUGCCUUCACCAGCUUUGGUCUCUGGAAGAAUAACCCUUCUGCUCACCCUCCCCCAUCCCCCCACCCCGUCAAUUCCACCCUGGACUCUGCCUCUCUCUGCUGCAGUCUUUCUUUUGAGAGCUGGCCUUCCCUGUGCUUUCUGUGUUUUGGCUGAUUCGGAAUUGGGAGAGCUAAUGCUGAGCGCUGACAGGAUGGACGAGUUUCAGAGUGAGGAAGAGGAACCUUGGUAUGAUCAGCAGGAUUUGGAACAAGACUUGCACUUAGCUGCUGAACUGGGCAAGACCCUUCUGGAACGCAACAAAGAGCUGGAGGAUUCUCUGCAGCAGAUGUACACAACCAAUGAGGAGCAAGUUCAAGAGAUAGAGUAUUUGACAAAACAGCUGGAAAUGUUACGACAUAUGAAUGAGCAGCAUGCUAAGGUCUACGAGCAGCUGGAUAUGACAGCACGCGAUCUAGAACUGGCCAAUCAGAAGCUUGUGCUGGACAGCAAAGUAUCCCAGCAGAAGAUCCUAUGUCUGACAGAAACGAUCGAAGGACUGCAGAAUCAGGUAGAUGAACUCCAAAAGCAAGUGGAAGAGCUGCAGAGCCUAGAUCAUCUGCGUGUCCGCCGAGAGAAAAGAGAACGUCGCCGAACCAUCCACACAUUCCCUUGCCUCAAGGAGCUGUGCUCAAGUCCCAGGUAUGAAGAUGCAUUCCAGCUUCACAGUUCUUCAGUGAAGUUCAGUCAGAUGCCCUUAGAGCGGGAGAAUGAACGACUGCAAGCAAUGGUGAAUUCCCUCCGGUCCCAAGUCAACCAGGAAAAGCAGCGGAAGGAGAGGGUGGAGAGAGAGUACACCUCUGUCAUCCAGGAGUACUCAGACCUUGAACAGCGUGUAUGUGAGAUGGAGAGCUGCAAGCUGCGCAUUAAAGAGCUGGAGGCAGAACUGUUGGAACUCCAGCAAAUGAAACAAGUCAAAAAAUAUCUCCUCAGCAGAGAGGACAACCUCUCAGAAGCACUUCUGGAGCCUUUAAACAAUGCCCCAGAAGCUGAUUACAUUGACCUGUCUGAGGAAGAUGGAGGUAAAAACCAUGAAUCUUCCAUGGCAGCCUCUCCAAAUCACCCAGUCCGGAAAAGCUGUAGUGAUACAGCCCUAAAUGCCAUUGUGACCAAGGAUGCUGUGAGCCGCCAUGAGGGCAACUACACACUCCAUGCCAACAAUGUACGCAAGAGGGGAAUGUCAAUUCUGAGGGAGGUGGAUGAGCAGUACCAUGCCUUGCUGGAGAAGUACGAGGAGCUCCUCAGCAAGUGCCGACAGCACAAGGAUGGUGUUCGUCACGCUGGAGUCCAGACCUCCCGGCCUAUCUCCCGCGAUAGCUCUUUUAGAGACUUUCGGGGAGAAGCUUAUGAGCUAGACGAGCUCAAGACAAUGGAGAAGAGCCUUAGCAAGCAUGUGGAGGCUGUGGACAAGCGGCUUGAGCAGAGCCAGCCAGAGUACAAGGCCCUGUUUAAGGAGAUAUUCUCACGAAUCCAGAAAACGAAAGCCGAUAUCAAUGCCACUAAGGUGAAAAAGAAGACAAGCAAAUGAAUCCAAUAGCCGUGUCCAUAUGCCACAAGCAUCUGACUCUUCCCUUUAGCCCCAAGAAAUUUUGGUCUGGCUGGAAAGACCCGGAAGCUUCUCUCUUUGUUCUCUUGCACAGGGAGCCCAAGAAGUAUCCUAAGGGAGCCUCUUGGGGUGUUUCAAGAGUGUGCAGAGUUCAAGACACAUUCUAUAAGUCAGUGCUCCAAAUUGCCAGGAUCCCUGAAUGUGCUGCAAAAACUGUAUGUUGUAGUUAUAGCUGGUAUCAGAGAUUUUUAUGUCACUGUAGCAACCAGAAAUUACAGAAAGGAAAGUUCACCCACCCAACUACAGUUUCACUUUCUUCCAUAACCUCUGAUUAAUUUCCCCCAGCCAACAUGGGAUCAAGCUUGGAUUUCUUACAGUACCCUGACUGGAAAUCCUGGACUUAAUAAUUCAGAAUUCAUUUUGGUUUCAAGAAAGAACUUCAAACAUGCUUUCUUUCUCUUCUGGUAUUUACACCCUUCUCCCCUCCAUAUAAAUGACCCAGAGAUGCAUCCAUGAGACUUUUGACUGGACUUCUUUCUUUCCUGAAUGGGAAAUAUGUUCUUCCUUGUUAAGCCAUUUCUCACAUUGGUCAGGUUUUUCAAUAUUUACAAUGCAAGCUCAUUGCAACUGGAAAAACUUGAAGAGAAACGUCAGACUGCUGAUACAUCUUCAUCAAGCACACUUGUGUUGCUCAUAGACAUAGGACAGUGUGAGCGUAGGAUGUACACUUUUUCAUUUCAGUAAGUUGUCACUUCACUCCUUUAACCUGGGCUUUUCCAGAAGCCCAACAAGAAGUGCUAUUACUGGCUUGGAGAGACACCCUCACCUUUGUCUGGGUGUUGACCUUCCAGGCCUUGCUGUUUGAGUGGUUAUCCUUCUUACUGUCUUUUGUAGCUGACUCCGAAGACAUUACUUGCAUGGGCUUGCUGAAACGGAACAGUUGUGACUCAUGUAGGUACAUGAGCCAAGCACCAAGUUCAGUUACCACCACUAACUUGCCAUUUACCCCACUAGUGCACAAAUUCAUUAUUAGUUAUGGUCCUUUUGUCAAGCUGCCUUCUCCUGGAGGCUUCUCUACGUUAUUCAGACAUAUAUUACACAUGUGUACUACACAUUUAUACACAAAAGGCCUCUCCAGUCUCAGGAACCAUCAGUACCAUUUCACAGAAAUGCAAAAUCGAACUUCUUUAAACACACACUAAUAAGUGAUAUCUAGCUGGGGUCACCUGCAUAUAUGAAAAUAAAGCAGUAUUAUAUUUCAUUAAGCAUAAGGCACGCAUAGCAGAGUUCUCUACUGCAAGGGAACCAUAGUAGCAAUGACUAUUAACUUACCAAGCAGUAUUAUACUUGAAGAAAUUUUGGAACAGUUGCUGAUUUUAGUUGCAGCUGAAUGAAAUCCAAAGUCUGAGGUGUUUCUUUGGAAUUCACUGUAAGCAAGAUUUCAGUCUGCCUUUUCAUUCUUUCUAACAUGUUACCUUCAUGUUGUUUCAUUCUUCAGCACAGUACCUUUUUAACUGUUCUUUAAGCCACAUUCUUGAAAGUGUCCAAUUUCAACCUGAGCCAACAGCUUAGGACUCACGGCUCAUUACAGAUGGCUGUUACAAUAGCAGGCUUUCGCCAUUUGGCCUCUUGCCAUGCUUUAGCAUUUCAUUUUACUGUCUCUGGUUUUGACCAAAAUGUUGGCACAAAGUGCCAGUUUGUGAACACAGUACAGGGUAGGGGGGCAAUUGUGAAGGACCCAGUGUCAAAUCAAACCUAAUGUGAGUGUUUCCCCUCAUCCGCCACCAGAUCAUCAUUUUUCUGUGUGUUCUCUAGACUCUUGCUGUGAGAUACUCUGAGGGAAGGGGUUGUGUUCAGUCAAUUAAGAUUACUUUUGUAAUAAAAAGUAUUUGAAGAUAGCCUGCCCAGGGGCAGAUUCUUCCUGUACUACUUAAUGCCAAAACUUGUCUUCUUUUGUACCCAUGAUGUAGUCCUAACUUGGAAGUAUUGGGAGCCAUAGACAUGAUAGUGGCUACCAAUCUGGUAACCAUAUGACAAACCUUCAUGCCUUACAAUGUGGAGGGGGGGAUCAAUUAUCUGGAAACAAUAACAAAGGAAGUUGGUUUCUGAUAAGAGCAUUAACCUUGGUCUCUGUUGCUGCCAUAAUGAUUGUUGUUGGUAUUUUGAUUAGCUUUCCUUUACUACCUUUCUACUAAAGGAUUUUUGGAGCGAUGUUUGUUCUGAAAGUCAUCUGUUUGUUGCAUCAGUAUUUGGGGAGGGAGGGGGCCAUUGCAAUGAUCUUUGGUUUUGAACACUGUUAAUGUGCAAACCAGCAUCCCACUUAAGUGUAGUAUACUUCAAAUUAAUAUAUUUAAAAAUGCUUUAUUCUCUUCUUAAAUAAAAAAAAAAACCUCUUGGUAUUCUGACCACU